AUGACUUUCAAAGGCAUGUUAAAGAUUUUAGUUAACGAUUACAAGAAACAGCAAGAACAAAAAAUGGUUUCAGUUGUGGACGAACUAGUGCGAACACGUAAAGAAUUGAAAGAAGUGAAAGAAAGGCUCCGCAAUUUAGAGUUAACUUCACCUUCGUCAUCAGAAUUUCACUCAGAACCAGUGCCUAUUCUAAGCCUAUUUGUUCAAUAUAAUGGAUUUUUCAAUGAACUAUGUAAUAUAAGGCAAACUAUAACCAUUACAGAACUAUUGAUUACACUUCGAGCCAUAGUUGGAAUUCCUCUUGAAAAUCCUAUACAUAUCCGUGUGCUCACUGAAGAUAGUCUAACAACCGGACAAUUAAAAUCACGCAUGAUUCUACGCAUCGAAGACGAUGAUAUGCCAGCGAAUAUUACAAGACCGCCAUAUUUGCGUUCGAAAAGCACCACAAGUAGUGAACGCACCUACUCAUUUGAAUCAGAUGUUUAA